AUGGAAGAGGAAGAGUGUAGAAGGGUGUUUCCGGGACUGCUGUUGGAUGUCGAUGAUAUGAUGAGGAGGGGGGAGUUUGUGUUUGAGAAGGGUGAUGGGGGGUAUAUGGGGUUGGUGCAGGGGAGGGUUUGGGGUGGUGAGCUCUACAUCCUCACCACCUCCCCCACCCGAACCCCCCAACUCCACCACCAACGCCUCGCCACCCUCUCGCAAAUCCACCGCGCCCUCCUCACCUCCCCCUCCCCCCUCCCAAACACGCAUUUCGCCUUCGUAACCAACGACGUCCCCAAGAACGAUUCCUGGGCCUUUGCCAAAGUAAACAAACAAUCCAAUCAGAAUGUCUGGCUCAUGCCACACUUCGCCUUCUGGGGCUGGACUGGCGCGGCCGGCCGCGAACUCGGCACCAUGGACGAAGCACUCUCGCGAAUCGCAAAAGUCGAGAAGGGAAUGAGGUCUUGGGAGGAGAAGGUGGAUAAACUCGUCUGGCGCGGGACACCCUGGUUCAACCCGCUCGCGUAUCCGACCCUGCGGCAGGAUCUCCUGCGCGUGACGAGGGGGAUGCCGUGGGCGGAUGUGCAGGCGUUGAAGCCGAGUGCGGGCGGGCGGGGAGGAUAUAGCAAUGCGCUGCCCAUUGAGGAGUUUUGUCGGUACAAGUAUGUGGUGUAUACGGAGGGGGUGACGUACUCGGGGCGUUUGGCGUAUCAUCAGGCUUGUAAGAGUGUGCUGAUUAUGGCGCCGUUGACGUAUUUGACGUAUACGACGAGGGCGAUGAGGCCGAUUUGGGUAGAAGAUUUGGUGAGUGGGGUUGGCGGGGGGAAACAGGUUGGGAUAGGGGAUAGGGUGUUGUUUGAUGAGACUAAGACGAUGAAGACGGGGAAGAAAGCCUGGGGACAACAAUCGACGCCGAUUCUGAAGACGUUGGGGAGGGAGAGGUGGAAAGAGGCGAAUGCUAUUUACGUCUCGCCCGAUUUUUCCAAUCUCGAAGAUACCGUUGCGUUUUUGGAGGGGCAUCCGGAAGUCGCGGAGCGGAUAGCUAGGAAUCUGCGAGAUGCGGUUGUUGGAGGGGGUGUUUUGAGUAGGGCUGCCGAGACGUGUUAUUGGAGGGGGUUGAUUAGGGGGUGGGCGCGUGUGGCGAGGGAGGGGGAGAGUUGGGGGAAGGAGAGGGGGGUGAGGUUUGAGGAGUGGGUGUUGGGGCAGGUGGGAAAGGAGACGGGGAGAUAA